AGCAGUAGUACUUCUACAAGCGGGCGUUUUCCCGCAGAUGUUUCAAGAUCACAGUGUGCACUGCGAAGGAAAAGAUCCAUUUUUUAAUUUGAAAGUUCCAGAAGCAAGAUCACAACUUGCGAAACAUUUUUCUACGAGAGAAACAAGAUCCAGACUGUUGUGCCGGACCACACGCGCUGUUGUUCUGGAGAGAGGUGAGAUGAGGUUACCGAGUGUUUUACUAAGUUGAAAUCUGAAACGUUUCAUCUCGAGAAACAAGACGAAAUCAUGAUGUUGGGACAACAUUCCCUCGAUUGCCUCCUCUCCGCGUUGAUCUUCUUCCAGGUCUUCGUCAACGCCCCCCUCCCCGCUCUCGCCGACUCCGACGAUUUCGCGACGAGUUUUCCGCAUUUCCCGACCCGGGGUGUGCGCACGAUUGACACAUGGGACUUCUACUUCGAGGACGAAAGUAAGACCACGGAAGAAAACCGAGCGAAGAAAAUCCAAGUCUCCGUGCCCGACGCUUUUGACCUGCCGAUAGUGAAGGUGAAAACCAACAGCAAGUGCGGUCUGGACGAUUCGAGGCCCGUGGAGGAUUGUUGCGAAAGGGCACUCGGCAGGUUCGGGGAGGAGACGUGCUACACGCUGAAAAAUGAGGAGAUACUCAAAUCCGCAGCGCAAAAUCUUCUAUCUGACGAGGAUGAGGAGGAAGUAGAGGAGGCGAAGAAUUUCGAAAACGCGAACAAGCAAGAUGGUGGCGGUCCAGCAGUUGGCACAACAAGAACUUCUGGUGCAUCGGUUACUCCUACUACUCCAACAAGUCCACCCAUUUACUCCGAUUGCUGUCAGCCCACCACGGAUUUCACGCACAAGAGGGGUUUCGGGGUUUACGAAACGGUCCUCGGUGGGCACAUCACCAUGCUGCGGUUUCACAGCUGCGUCUUCUACUGCGAGGUUUACGUUGAUAAUUUUUUGUAUGGAACUGUCAGGAUCGAAAUCGUCAAGAUUGAAGUUAUAAUCUGCAAUGCAAAAAAGCGAUACCAGCUUGAGCCCAGUUUGCAAGUGGCGCAUGGCAAAUUUUGGCAGCAUGAAAAUCCAAUUUCUCAUGCUGGUUGAGCAGAGUGGACUGCUUUUGUAAUCUUAUUUUAGCAGCUUUACCUUUAUGUCACACCCCAAACAGGCUUAUAAGUGGCCUCAGUUGCCUGGUCUGCAAGACAGGCACUUUGCUUCUAGCAUUUUAUGCAUCACAAACUAUUUCAACUUUGACGGUUUCGAUCCUGGCGCUUCCAUAUUCUGAUGGAAUCCUUCGUCUCGGGGUACGCGGUAAAAGACGUUUUUAUCGGGAAAUUUCAAUUGGAGAAAAAACGGAUAAAAGUCCGGGUGUCCAACCAAUUCGACUACGACCGAACCCCCAUCCACCAGCUGAAAUACGACUGGUACCAGGCCGGGGGCUUGGUCCGCCCUGUGGAAGCGCACGCGGGGAACUUCUUGCUCUUCAGGCAAGCGGUCGUGAGUCCGGUGUGGGAACUUGUGAAAAAGCACUACAUGGCGGAGGAUCACGACAAGGCAGUAGCGAAUUUGGCCAAGAGUUCGGGCGUAAAUGCCGGCGAUAGUAUUGACGAAACUGGCAAUGAGAGUAGCUCCAAUGGUGACCAUGCGGCAGAAGUAGAGCAGAAGCAACCGCCACCACCGCAGCCUGGCAUGCCGCAAUUCCACACUUCUCUAUCCAACGCUUUGAAUUUACCGUCUUUUCCGGUCUUGGAGGAAGAUUACGCAGUGAAAAAAGUGCAACUCGAUCUCUUUCUCGAAGGCACGAGGUUCUUCAAAAACUUAGACGCGUUACUUGCCACUUCUUCUACCAGCGGUGGCGAUAGGAAGUUUUCCAAUUCCCUCGACAUCGGCAAUCUCCCCUAUGAAUUCCAACUUCGCUGGGAACACCGGUGCGGAAAUACAAACAUAGCGACCGCCCAAAUAAGGGGCAGCAAAACCAAUCUACCUCCCGGCGUCGUGCCAUCGAGUUCCAAUUCAGUUAUUGAGAUCAUGGACAAUCUGAAAACCGCCGAAUAUCUACCGGAUGAGGACAUGGUGAAACUCACUUUCGUAUCAAGCGUAAAAAUGUCUGGGUCUGGAGGAUUUCUUGAUUUGUCAUGCAUAUUUUCCAUGACCCAUGAUGUCUGUGAUGCAUGCCGUAGCAUCACAGAUCUUGUGAGGGCUUCCUGAUGCCUAUACCGCAUGACAAAUGCUCUUUCCGUGUAGCAAAACUUGGACUCUCUUUGCUGCUCAUGCAAUACAGAUUUUUUUAGAAUCCAAAAUCAGCAUGAGAAGCUCCAUUCUUCCAGACCCAGACGUUUUUACAUUUGAUAUUUCGAAAACCUAGUGGCGCCGGGAGUUGGUGUGCAGGACGACGUUGGUCCUCAGGACGACCUAUGCAUUGCAAAAGUAUCGUACUCGUAUAAAUGCAUUACAAAUUUUCUCAGCAUGAGAUAUGAAAUUUGUAAUGCGGAUUUACCUUCAGAAAAAAAUUUGUGAUGCAAGACUUGCAUUUAUACGAGUACGAUACUUUUGCACAGGAUACGACCAUUCCGCAGUCUCUGCGGCCUUGUGGUCCCUGGACCAACCGAAUUUGCACUUUGCGUCCAUUUCUCUUCUGGACAAGGAGAAGAACAUACGACAGUGCACAACGCACCCUCCCCCGCAUUUGUAUUGCAUGAACAGCAAUACAAACCCCAGCCCACGUGGAGCCUGCGCAUGACAAACUUAUGUGCCUGAUGUAGUACAACUGUUUGGGCUUCCAAGAUCUGUCAUGCGAACAGUGCCACACGACAGCGACUGGAUUGGGGGUUUUGCAUGACAAAUGAGGGGGAGCAGGGGGAGUUGUGCACUCCCAUAAAACAACGAGCUCCUGGACUGCAUCAUAAUUCGCUUCGGGCUGCGGAAGAUAGAAGCGAAGUUUUAUUGUGAGGAAACAUGUCCUCUCCCCAUAUUAUUGAAAACGGAAUUUCUACUGAAGAUUUGUGAUGCAGAUUUGUGACCACAAAUGUUGUCUGUCUUGCAAGACGGCAAAGCUAACGAGUCCGCCACGUUAUGCAGGCGAAUUGUAACGCUGCAAGGCCUACAGGGCAGAAGUCUGCCAUGCUAGGCGCUUACACGAAAAGGCCCCUAGCUAGGCUCGGGAUCUGCGUGCAGUCCUCGACUGCGCGAGAAAUUCGAUUUGUGUACACAGCUUCCGCAUGACAGAUUUCCGUUUUGAUAUGGGGAGGGGAGAUUUUUCAUUUUGGUAACUUUUCCCGGUUUUACUUGAACGGGAAGACGGUGAAGUUUAUGAACUGCAAAAGUAUCGUAUUCGUAUAAAUGCAUUACAAAUUUUCUCAGCAUGAGAAAUUCGUAAUGCGGAUUUACCUCAAGAAAAAGAUGCAUGAUUGCAAUACGAGUGCGAUACUUUUGCACAGGAUAAAGUUGAAGGGCUACAACCGGCACGACAUGGACGUCUCAGGGACCGGCCCCGCGAUGUCGCUGGGGACGCAUUACCGAGACGUGCGCCUGAUCAAAACCACCCUGUAUCCUGAGUAAAAACGUACCCACACCAGAGUCAGGAUGGGGAUUUUGCAACACAAGCCUGGGAGUUUUGUGAGUCACGCAUGACAAGUUGCACUAUGCAGCGUAGUGCAGGUUAGCAAGUGCAGCCGCGUCACAGAUUCGUCUGCUCAUCCUUUUCACAGCAUCACAAAUUCCAAAACACGACUGGAAAUGGCUCUCAUGGGGAUGCGCAUUACAAGUCUUCCUGUCUUUGCAAAUCCGUAGCCAUUUUGGCUCAAGAUCCUUAAUAUACCAACCCCUGCCAUUUUGGCGGGGGGGAUCCGCUGAGCCCAGUUAAAAUCUUCAACAGCGACCAAACGGUAAAGAUACAAAAGGGGGAGCAAUGCCGUAGAGUAGUAGCACUCCUUCUUGAUUCUCUUCCUUUUAUUUUGCCCUCAGAUGCCACGUCGGCACCUCCCCCGAAUCUCUGCAAAUAAGAAGUAGCGUAAACACCCGAGCGUGGCGGGUCACAUUUCCUUCUCUUACUGUAGUCUCUAGCUCGAGCCUCGGCGUCCUGUGUGCCUGGAGGCGCGUUGUACAAUAAUGACCUGGCGAGGGCGCUUCGGGAUGCCGUCUCACACGCACACCUGAUGACGGGAAGUAUGUGGCUCGCGGGCUCCAGGCGGACGAGGAAACUAGCCGCGAUCCUGCAUCCGGCGUCGAAGUAAGAGCAGUAAUUCGGGAAGGAACGGCAGCCAUACGCCCGGCGGCUUCGACCGGGCACUGCCACCCGGACUACGGAAUCAGACCGGGGCAGGAGUUCUGGAACGGGUUAGCUCCACCUUGCCGCCGGUGGAUUAUGCGGCUCGGGUCGGCUUUGGCAAACACCAGGUUUCGCGCGGAUGCCCCCCAGCUCGCCCAAGCCUGUAGCAACAAGCUCAGUCGAGUCUUGUUCCCCAGCACAAUAGAUGCGACGUAGGGGCGCACAAUAGAUGCGAGCACAAGGCUUGGCAGCGCUGGGGGAGAUGGUGCUGGCCACGGCACGCACUGGAGAUGCGACGUCCGUCUGGCGCCGGUGUUGCCAGACCACGAACCGGCGCCAACAUGUUAUUUGCCUACGAUGUGCAGUGAAGUGGGCAUGUGUCGGCUGAAGCGCUGCCCUUGUGGCCGUGCGAUGUCUCUCGAAUAAUUCGCCUCUACUUUCCCUCUAGUCGCUACUUUCGGGAGGUAAAAAGGACAUCCUAGGCUUGCACAUGUUGCAUCUUGCCGUUGGUGUUUGCUUCCUCCCGUAUAGUAAUUUAAAGGUGCUACUGCAGGCUCCCAUGCAAUGUUUCUUGCUGGUAGUCUGGCUUGCUCCUUGUACAGUGUGUGCGUGUAGGAUGUUGGCAAAGUUGGUAGGAAAUGAGGUUGAUACUGUUGGCAAAAAAGGCUGGUGGUCUGGGGACACGUUGUAUGAUCUCGAGUACACGCACCUACUAGCCCGAGGGGGUGCGGGAGCCUGAAAAAAAAAAAAAAAGUUGGUUGGUGGCGAAAAGUUGGUUGUUUGCGAGUAUAGUAUGGAGCGGCCGGGAGAUGAUGGUGAUGGCACUUCGGUGUCCGCCUGACCUACCCCCCCUGCGUGUCAAGCCAUCUGCGGCCUGGGGCAGAGGGGGGGGCAAAGUGUGCUGCAAUUCCUUUAGCAUUACAACUCUGGUGUGGGUACGUUUUUACUCAGGAUACCCUGUUCGCGAACUUUAUCCGCGGCGCGCACUACCCGAUGGAUCAGCGGUUUUUGGUAUCCAGGAAAAAAACUGUGUAAGUGUAACUAUGUAGGAAGAGCAGCAUCACAAAUUCCAAUUCGCUUUGCGUUACAGGGCAGACCUGCCAUGCGCAGCUAGUACGUGGAAACACGUAUGAGAGUAGCCUAUGACGCAGAUCCAGCAUGACAAGCGUAACAGUUUUGCAUUUCUGCAUCACAGACUUGCACUUGUUACACAGUUUUGUUCUUGCAUAUUUGGACCUUUGUGACGAGUAUGGGUUGUUGGUUUGGGAGGAAUCCGUCGGGUGGCAAAACACCGUGAAGGAUUUCUUGAACCACAAAUUCGUGCAACAAACCAUCGACGGGACGAAGAGAAUAUGCAUUCUGCAAAAAAUAUGUGUGGGUCCGGAAACUUGUGUUGCUGAUUAUACAACUCGCAUUACUUACACAGUACUAGCCACUUGUGUGGCAUAACAGCAUCAAAAAUGUUAAUGUUUCUCGAUGGCUUGUGCAGAUCUGAAUAUAUGUCAAACGCAUGACAGACAGAGUUUCACAGCACGACAAACAUGCCGGCGACUUGCAGUCAUGCAUCACUGAAGAUCUUCAUCCUGCUCUCCUUGAAAUCUCGCAUCCCAAAUGCAGACCAAGACAUACCUUUGCAAUGCAUAAAGGAUGAUGUUCCACUCCAUAAACCACCCGUCCGUGAUCGUUUUCGGCUUUCUGAACGAGGGGUACACGAGUCACGAAGCCAGCAUUCAUGUCUACGAAACUUUAACGAAUUUAGUGAAGGGGAACUGGGGAGUCGCGGUGCAUCAAUCACCAGCUGCAGCAUCCCCACCAACAGAAACGGACCCAUCCUCCGCAGUGGGAACAAGUACAACAUCCUCGAACCGCAUGAACGACGACGCAAAGAGUGAAUCAGCACUUUCGAUCCUUUCCAGCGUCCGCCGGCUGGUGUCGUGGGCAUCGUCCUCGCGGUUUCACGAUUUGAACUGGAAGUUCGCGGAUUUUCUGUCCUUCAACAGCUACGAAGGGUGGUACCCGACCACGCAGCCCUUGACGUCUCUAACCUUGCAGGAAAUCCCGGAAAUCUGGGAUUUCUCCGCCGCCUGGGCGCAGGACCACUACCCAGGGAAGCCGUUGAUUUGUUCCGAAACCGGCGCGGGAGGGUUGUACCGCGUGCAUGGCCCGUCCGAUGGAAAGAAGUGGUCGGAGGAGGUGCAGUAUGGAUUGCAAAAGUGUCUGGGUCUGGAAAGAAGGGGAUUUGUGAUGCUAGCUGUCGAUCACACAAAUCAAAAAUCUGUGUUGCAUGAGAGGCAAAAGGCGCUCAGAUUGUUGCCUCUCACAGAAGGCAUUUCUCAUGCAGAAUAGGCAUGGCCAAACCUUUGCGAAAGCUGUGAUGCUAGAGAAUGCAUCACAGGCAUCGGAGGCCAUGUACAAUUUGCAUGACAAACAUUCCAGAUCCAGACAUAUUUGCAUUUGAUAUGCAGUCCGUGAUCCUGCAGAUCCACGUGUUGUCGUUGUUGAACCACGAGAAAAUCGCCGGGUUCGCCUUGUUAUCCUGUGCAAAAGUAUCGUACUCGUAGUAAUCGCAGCCAUGCAUUACAAAUGUUCUUCUUAACCUAAAUCGGCAUUACAAAUUCCAUUUUCAAUCAUGUGGACGUGAAGGGAAUUUGUCAUGCGAUUUCUACUAGUACGAUGCUUUUGCAUUUCAUACUUGUGGCAGUUCACGGACUCCUUGAUCGACCAGAACAUAUCCGACACGCUAUCCUGGGUAAAAACGUCCCCACCCCAGAGUUGUCAUGCAGAUUUGCGAUUGCAGGAAGAUUUGUAAUGCGCAUCUCCAUGAGAGGCGUUUCCAAUCACGUUUUGAAAUUUGCAAUGCUGUAAACAGGAUGAGCAGAUGGAUUUAUGAUGCGGCUGUCCUUUGCUAACAUGCACUACACUACGGACUGCAACUUGUCAUGCGUACCUCCCAAAACUUCUGGAUUUGUGUUGCUAAGUUCCCAACUUGACUCUGGUGUGGGGACGUUUUUACAAAUGAUACACGCUGCACAGACCGCGGGGCUUGAACAACAAGGGGGUGUUGACGAUGCACCGGAAACCGAAAACCUCCUUUUUCGCGUUGCGCACGAUUUUUAAGGGGGAAUUCACAGGCUUAAUACUACCCGAGGCAGACACGGGGAAGUUCACAGAUUUGAUCAAAGUGGCCUCGUAGAAGAAGAAGUAUGGCCGUAGCUUGUUUUAUUUUUAGGAAUUGUAGUUUAUUGUGCUGCACACGGAGAACGAAACCAUAACCAAGGAGGAAGUGCUUCCUUUGAUUGUCGCGGCAAGUCUUGACCUGUUUGUGUC